GUUUGCAAACUGCACAUUUGGCGGAGCAGCGUAGCAGCUGCGACUUUUAUGAAAACGUUUGGAACACUAAGUGGAUGCAUACUUAAGAGUAAAAGUUAGAGGAGCAUCUAAGCCAGCGAAGAAGCCACAGCAUGUACAACGGCAUUGGAUUAACAACGCCUCGAGGCUCUGGCACCAAUGGACAUGUGCAAAGGAAUUGGGCUUUUGUUCGGCCUGGUAAAAAAGACAAAGAAUAUCGUUCCGAGGACGACGCCAAGAAAUUGGACGCUCAACUGAAUCGUCCGCCCAAUAAAGAGAUACUCGAUCACGAUCGCAAGCGGAAGAUUGAAGUCAAGUGCAUUGAAUACGAGGAAAUACUCGAAAAACAAGGACGUACACCGGAGGAGAUCAAGACGCAAGUUGACUCUUAUCGUCAGAAAUUAAUGGGACAAGGCAAAACCGAUCUGGCAAAGGAUGAAUUCGGUCGCGUAGCCGUGCGUGAAACACAUCAAAUUGCCGAGGCACAGCAGCAGAAGAACGCAAAGUUGCGCGAGGCGUUUAACAUAUCCGAAUACUUUGUGGAGGGCAGCAGUUUCGAUUGUGAUCGCAAGGCCAAAGAGGAUCUGGCCAAGAGUGUGGCACUCCAAAAGGAGCUGGACGCGCAGCGCGAGAGCCUCGCCGCGGUGGCAGCUGCCGCAGGCAAAGACAAAGAGACGGGCAAACGAUAUGCACUUCUGCGUACGCCAUCAAGGGAGCGCGAAGGGGCUCCUUCAGGUGGCAAGUCCGUUUCAGGGGCAGCCAACAGCGGUGAUGAGCAUAUCUCCAAGUCUGACAAAAAGAAGAAAAAGAAACGCGCAAGGGAGAGUUCGGCGAGUCCAGAGCGUCGAAAGGACAAAAAGAAAAAAUCGAAGAAGCAUAAGAAAGAGAGUAAGUCAAAAAGGAAGAAACUCCGCAAACGCAAACACAGCGGUAGUGAUAGCAUCGAUAGCGACAAGGACUCCGAUCAUGAUGACGAGGGCAACAGUAGCGAUGCGGAUCGUGAGUUGAAGAGUGCACGCAAAAAAGCCAAGAAGGAUAAGAAGAAACGUGACAAAAGGAUCAAGAAGAAAAAUCGAACACGUGCCAGUUCUACGGACUCGACACUUUCAAAUUCGCCAUCGCGCAAGGAUAAGAAGUCAGGUAAAUCCCGUGCUCCGGUUGCUGAAAAUGACACACCACGCGAAAAUCCCUUUCGCAGUCGUUCUCCGGAGCGACGCAAAGGCAGCAAAACGCGUCGCAAUGAAUCUUCUACAGAUAGAUCAAAGGUUCAUCAGACUACAACAUGUACGCCACUCAGCCGUGAGGUGGAGCGAAAAGUUUGGAAGGAGCGACUCAACGAGCGACAACGAUCCAAGGAGCGACAGCAUUCAACGGAGAGAAACUUCUCCAAGGAAAAGCAGCGUCCAAAGUCCAAAGACCGCGAAAGAUCUCGGGAACGCUAUAGAUCCAAGGAUCGUCCGAAACAGCGAAUACGAUCUAAGGAGCAGCGACGCUCCAGGGAAGGACAGACCAAGGAAAGAGCACGUUCUAAGGAGCGCCAGCGAUCGAAGGAAAGACUGCGCUCUAAGGAACGUGUUCGUUCUCAGGAAAGACAACGCUCAAAAGAACGACGUCGCUCUAAGGAAAGAGAUCGCUACAAAGAGCGACAAGUCCAAAUCCAUGGCGACGCCAAGGAUCGUUCCCAGCGUCAAAAACGCAGCAAAGAACGACCCAGCGAACAACGUUCCACUUCACGCAAUGUUGGGCAUUUUUCGCGCUCUCGGUCACGCUCACAGAAGCCUUAUCAAAGGACAGCUUCACCCUCGCAACGGAGCCGUUCCAAAGAGGCCAAUCUGCCGAAGAAGUCAACGCUCGCAUUUAAUCCUUUCAAAGCGGCUGAAGACACGGUCAACGAUAUACUCGGCACCAAGUCAGUGAUGGUAGCACUUGAACAGACAAAGCGCAAGCGUACAAAAUCUAGCUCAAGCUCGGACUCCGGAAGCUCGGACUCCAUUUCGUCCAAUAGUGAAACGGGCACGCCAACACCCAAGAAACAACUACGACAAAGCCAAACGCCCGAGAAGCCAAAGUAUGAGCCCGGCAGCAAGAGCAGCAAGCAGCGUGAACGCUCAGAUACGCCAACUAAAUGUCGAUCGAGAAAUGAUGAGACGGAAAGAGAGCGGGAAAAGGAAAAGGGCAAUACGCCUAGUCCUCGACCCACCAGCUUAACGGAACAGGACGAUAAAAGACGACAGUCGAAGACCCAUGAUAUGUCGAAGCCAGCGCCUGUAGUGCGUCUGCGUGCCCAAAGUGAUGAUGGCAGCGAUGCUGAGACAAGCGGCGUGGCACUCGAAGAGUAUCAACAGAACACCAGGAAGGAACGCGAGGAACAACAGGAGCUGCGCAUGCUCGAACAGCUGAAGUCGGGUAUUGCAGCCAAGGCUAAGCAGAAGAUCAGAACGAUGGAGAAGAAUGGGGAUGGAAAGAAUGCCAACAAAAAAGGCAGCGAACCAUUAGUUGCGGCGCUAGCGGACAGCACGCUGGUAGAUGCCAUUGUCUCCAAGGUGUCUACCGCCACAGUUGCUGCCGCCGAGAGUGCAGCACGGCGCAGUCGCAGUCGCUCCAGGCGCAGCAGUCACAGUCGCGGCAAACGGCAUCAUCAUCGCUCUAACAGCCGUUCUCGAUCACGUUUUAGCUCAUCUAGCAGUCGCAGUUGUUCGGGCAGCUCAAGAUCUCGGUCCGGCUCACAUUCGUCCCGCUCCAGUUGCUCGUCGCGCAGCAGCUCAGGUAGCUCAUCCAGCAGCGGCUCUGGUACAUCACAGUCCGGCUCUCGAUCGCCAUCCAUACCACGACGCCGCGGAUCUCCUAGUUUUUUGGACAGACGUCGCAUUACAAGUGCGCGUAAGCGUCCUAUACCCUAUCACCACAAGACGAACGCAGAUGGUAUGACCAAUGGUGAAGCCGACAAUCAUGUAGAUAAUGACGCUUCUAGCUGCUGCUCUAGCUGCUUUACCCGGGCCAGUUCACCAGGCACUCCUAUGGCCGAUACACAGAUGCACAACAGUCGCAGUCCUUCAGCGAUUCCUUUUUGAGCGUUAAGCGAAUCGUUGCGCCAUAUUUUUGGCAAUCUACCAUCAUAUGAAUCCACCACAAGAAACACUUAUAUUUCAUAAGCUAGCAGUUGUGUUUGGUUAAAGACACUUCACUAAGUUGAACAAUUGAUUUAUCUAGGCCAUUCUUUAAAUUUAGUAGCAAAAUCAUCUACUCUAGUCGUGACCAUGAUAUUAUUAUGUCAAUAAUACUCAAAAGUUGCGUUCUUAAAUAAAUAUAAAAUAUUUUUUGUUGCCAUUUC